AUGGAUUAUAACAAGCAAGGGAUCCACUUCUACAUACACAAUGAGGUUGGAUAUCCGGAAACUGAGGCCAAAGUUGAGGGCAGGACUUGGGCACGGGAGUUAAUAUACAGUCCAUCCUUCUCAGGCCCUGAGGACACAUGUUGCCCCACACUGCUUCUGGAGGGGCCCCAGAGCAUCUGCCUGCUUCAGCCGGAGACUCUAGACACUCAGGAACAAUGCAUCACCUUUGACAGAGUCCUGGGCUCUGAUGCUGCUCAGGAGGCUGAGCAGGAGCUGCUAGCACGAGUCCAGUCCACACUAGGCUUGGUGGCCCGAGGGUACAGUGUGUCCCUACUGCUUCGGGGUCGGGAAACAGAGACACCUCGGCUUGUACCUCAGCUGUUGCAGAUGCUGUUUGAGGAAACUCUGCCCCACAGGGGCGCUGUUCCUGGGGUUAGCACCCUUAGCCUGGUGCAGCUCAGCCCCAGUGGAAGGACUCAGGACCUGCUCUCUCCAGGGAGAGAGAACCUAUCAGUGUUAGACGUGUCCCCUUUGGGCUUGGUGGUAGAAAAUGCCAGUGAGGUGGAGGUGUCCGACUCAAGAGCUGCCUCAGAGCUGUACUUACAAGCUGCAGGGGAUGAAAGCAGGGCCUGCUCUCUGCUCACUGUCACCAUGUCCUGCCCAGGGCCUGACCCUCCCGAGGGGCCUGGGACCCGGGGUAUGUGGCGAGGGGCCUUGAGGAUCCUGCAGCUCCCCAGAGACCUAGAUUGCCCCCUGCUGCAGGUGUUGGCUGGUAAGGUUAUUGGUGAGGAGGUAGAGGGCUCUCUGCCCUGGAUCGUGUCAUGGCUCCUGGAAGGAAACAACUACACUGGUCUUCUUCUUCGCCUGGACCCUCAAGGUGGCUCCCUGAGCUUACUCAGAGCUGCUCUGUUGGGGGCCUCGGGAAGGAGGAUGCAGGUGAAACAGGUGAGGCCCACCCAGUGGGAUGCAGUAGAAGAGGCACGUGCCCGCCGGGCAAACCUGAAGAGCCUGCGUUCAGGCCUCCUUGGGGACACCCUCACAGAAAGUGGGCUCAGCCAGCUGGGCAGGGCACUGCGAGAGUUGCGGGUGGUAAAAGCCUGGAGCCAGUGCCCAGGAAGCCAGAGGCUCAAAGGGGUCAAAGCUGAGGCUGUGGGGCUCCCAGAACUACAGGCCUGGCACGCCCCAGAUGUGGCCCUGCAGUUCUUCUUGGCCCAGGCACAGAGGAAGAGACUUCAAGAACAGCACCAGAUAUGGAUCCAAGAGGAACUGAAGCGUUUGGAACAGGAGGAGGAAGAGGUGGAAGGUGACCAAGUCAAAGGCCUGGUGGCCGGAAAGGAGGCCUUCGAGAGGCAGAGAUGGCACCGGGAGCAGACACUAUGGAGACUCCAGCUGGAGGCCCUUCAGGCAGAGCGGGACACUGCAGAGCAGGACCUCAUGGCCCUCUAUGACGUGCACGUGCAGGCUGCCCGGGCUCGGACAUGCCAUACACUGCAGGUAUUUCGAGCCUGGCGAGGGCUGUGGGAGGAGCAGACCAUGACCACAGAGCAUCACCACCGCAGCCUGCUGGCUGGUAUCCUGCAAGACACGCUCCAACUGGCCACACAGAACCAGGAGCUUCAAGCCCAGAACCAGCAGCUUCAGCAGGAUAUAGGCUAGGCUGGGGCCAGUCGUGCUGGAUGGCUGCCCUGGGAAGAAGUCUGGUGAUCAGUAGUCUUUCAGGGGCAGCUUCUUCUCUCUUCAUUCUUCACUGUCCCAGAAGGGAGAGGGAGCUGGGAUAACUACGCUAACCUUCACUAUGGAUAAUGAACGAUACCACUAACCAGGUCUCGUUGUGUCAGUCCCUGCUAGGUACCUAAUAUCCACCUCUUCAUUUUAGCCUUUUUCACUACCCUAUGUAGUAGGUGCCACUUGACCCCCAUUUCAGAGGUAAGGCAACUAAAGCUAGGAGAGGUUAAGUAACUGCCCAAGGACAAGUCCGCUAAGUCACAGCCAGAAUUCAAAUUCAAGCCUGUUAGAACUAUAGUUCUACACUGCACAUGUGGUGGUUCACAAACUGAAGUGUGCAGCAGAAUCACUUAGCUUAUUAAAGAAAAAAGAUUCCCAAACCCUA